AGUCGCCCUCGCAGCGUUUACGUCGCCGGUUUCAUCGAAACAUAACAACGCGAUUCCUCUUUUAUUCCUUCUUUCUUUUUUCGUAUUAUAAAUUCGACUUACCUACAUUUUUUCUCGUCCUUGCGAUUUGCUCUCUACUGAAUCAUUCUCCUUCCUUUUUCAUUUCCUAUCUGUUUUAAUUUGUUUUACCUUCACCGUGGGCGUGAAACGAACAAGUUUUGGUUGCGCCGCAAACGUAAUUUCGAGAGGAGAGCUAGAACACUCUUAAUGGCGUGGGGACGUAUCCAAAAAUCAAUCUGGUUUUCCAUUACGUCGUCUUCUCCUAAAAGAUUGUUUCUUUUCUUGUCAUUUCUGAAUGCUUUUAAUCUCUCGACUAUCGCUUAUCUAAUUUCUAUUAAUGGCUUUCGAAAAAAUAUUGGUUGUCGUUGAAAUUUGUCAGAAUUAUCCGAAAGACGAUAGCGCUACACUUCACGUCCUGAACAGUAAGACAUAUUCUCUGUCAUGCAAUUAAGCAUUUGAAUCUCUCGGGCAGUUCAUGACAUUAACGAUGACCAUUGCUUCACACUUCUCUCUUAUAUUCAAUAUUCAACCUUUGGCGUAUUUCUGUUUGUCUUUUUAGUGUCUUUUCUAAAAGUAACUUAGCUGUUUUCGGCAGCUUUUUGUGUACUGUGAAGAUGUGUUUACAACCGGCAUAGAAAUCACCUACGGCCCUGCUCAUAAUUUCUGUUUAGGUAUGGUUCAUAGAACUACUCAUACUUCAAUCAUUUGCCGUUAAACCCAGACCAUAGUCGAGUUUUCUACGUCGGUAACCGUCUAAUCGCAUAUGUAAGCAUGUAAAACCAAACGUGUGCCGUAUAGUUCGUGCUCUAGAGCAACAGUGUACACAAUUUGUAAAUAACUCAUCAAACGUUUAAACAAAGUAUUUGCUAUAAUCGAUAGAAAAGAGUGACAAAAACUUCCUCGAACUACAAAUUUGUGCUGUAUGAACAACGAGGAAAGCGAGGGCAUGAUAUCGGUGAACGACGUUGCUGCCUAUUGGCAUCAUCCUCAGUCGCAGCAGCAGCAGCAACAUCAUCAUCAGCAUCAUCAGCCACAUCUUUCACCUCAUCACUAUCAGCAACCGGAUCAAUCGCAUUAUAUAUGGACUAAUAACAAUAACAGCAACAAUAACAAUAACAACAACAACAACAAUAAUAUCCACCAUUAUCAGCAACAGCAGUUGCCUCAGAUACAAUCAUACUCCUCUUUGAGUUCGUCGUCGACGAAUCAGCAACACUAUUACCAGCAGCAAGUCCAAUUGCAAAAUAGCUCGCAAGCACCACCCCCAUCCCAACAGCAGCAGCACCAGAUGCAGUACCACCCACAUCGCAAUGGUGCCACCCACUGCGCAGAUCGGCCGCGCAAUCGACACUAUGAGACUGUACCAGGUGACCCCAUGAUCACGUCCUCUUUGAAGGGUAAGCCCGACACUUUCACACAUCGCAUCUUGAACAGAAAACAAGGAAAAGAUGGUCCAGAUGAAAAGAAAGACGCCGACGGAGAGCUGUGGGGCAACGUUGAGGCCCAAGCAGCGUUUCUUGGGCCCAACCUUUGGGACAAAACAUUGCCGUAUGAUGCCGACCUGAAGGUAUUGAACCAUUACGUGGACUUGGACGAGUUCCUGUCAGAGAACGGAAUUCCAGUGGACGGUGUUGCCGGUGGUGGCGGUGGACAGGCUGGUGCCAUGCAAAGUGCAGCACAAUUGCACAAACUUGGCAAUGGCACGGAUAACGGUAAUGGGCCGAGUGCCGCUGGUGGACAUCAAGGGCCUGCGGGUCUUCAUCUCGAACCUGUCACUAAACGCGAACGAUCGCCGUCGCCAAGCGAAUGCUGCUCGCCCGACACUAUUAAUCCACCUUCGCCUGCCGACUCCAAUUCAGGGGACUCGUCGAGAAUACAAUAUGGCUUGUCUCUUGUAGCGCUCUCGAUGGCAUCAUCGGGGCGGGACUUCGACCCACGAACUAGAGCCUUCUCUGACGAGGAACUCAAACCCCAGCCCAUGAUCAAGAAGUCCAGAAAACAGCAUGCGCGAUUGUUGCAGUUUGUACCAGACGACCUCAAGGAUGACAAAUACUGGGCGCGUCGCAGAAAGAACAAUAUGGCGGCGAAACGCUCGAGGGAUGCGCGUCGCAUGAAGGAGAACCAAAUCGCCCUCAGGGCCGGAUUCCUCGAGAAAGAGAACAUGGGCCUACGACAGGAGCUCGAUCGGCUAAAGAACGAAAACAUGCUGCUGCGUGAUAAGCUGAGCAAGUACACGGACGUGUAACGUGCAAAGAUUGGCACAUCAGCAGCAGCUCGUCUUCGUCGCCGUCGCCGUCGCGUCACUUACAACAAUGAAGAAACAACAGCAAGCAAAAAGAUACCACUAAAAAGUCCUGUCUCGUCGUCGUCGUCGUCGUCGUCGUCGUCGUCGUCGUCGUCGUCGUCGUCGUCGUCGUCGUCGUCGUCGUCGUCGGCGGCGUCAUUGUCAUCGUCGUCGUCGUCGUCGUCGUCGUCGACACCCGAGUGAUGAAUUUCUUACAAUAAAACAUUUUUGAAUGCGAGACGACACGUUCGAGCUACAACUUCACCUUCUUGAAGAGGAGAGUCGGCCCGCCGCACGCGCAUCACACACAUACACUCACACUGACAAACAAUAUAAAGUUGCAUAUAUACACGUUACACAUACAUCGUCAUGCUAACUCUGCACGCACCUCUCUCGGCGACGAAGAUUUCGCGCGUUAUAGACAUGCGAGUUGACACUUUGGACGGUGAGCUUGCAAUGGAUUAAGAAUCCAUAGAGUACAUCAUCUGUCGCGAAUUUCCUUCAUCGUACCCAAUUUUACUUUUACUAUCCUUACCCCCUUCGUGUGAUUCCAACAAUUCCCCGCUCCUCCGCUUCUACUCUCUUCAUCUCUCAUUCUCUGAUUAAUUUGGAGUGAAAUUUUACUCUUAUAGAGUAUGCGCUUUUUAGUGACGUGCUGAGCCGAGAACAUUUGUACUUUGUUAUGACUAUAAUAAUACUUGUAUUUUUAUUAAGUGUUCGAUCAUGUCAAUUUGUAAUCAUUCUUUUAUAUACACACCACUUAAGACACAAAAAACACUCUGUCAGAGUAAAAUUUCGCUCGGGAUGACAAUUUCGAUGAGCGUAAUAGAGAAAUAUAUCAAGAUUAAAAAUAAUGUAUAUUAUUAUGCAGAUUGAGAAAACAAAAGGAAAAAGUAUUGCUAUCGAAUUGUGUAUACGGUGAUUUGAUAGAAAUACUUUUUUGUUGUUCACAAUACAAUUUGCAAUAAUUUUACUUUCAAACUUACAAGAUUUUAAUGGUUGAGAACUAAUUAUACAAAAAUACGACGAUGAGUCUUACACAUUUUUCCCGGAGUGAAGGAAUAUAUAUUUAAGAUUAUAACAACAACAAACAACAACAAAAAAUGGUCUCUAUUCAAUGGUGUUCCACAAUUGAAAUUGUGAUUUUCUGCUGGAAAAAAGUUUAGAUGCCUAAGAAUAUUUUUAUAAAUACGAAAGUAACUUACCUAAUCUAGAGAAGCUUUAAUACACUACAUAGUGCAAUAACUUGUUGAAGAAAGAAAAAAUGAGCUCUACACAUUUAAUCAUUGCUGAUAGCGUUAAAUUUAUUUGAACUACAAUUUUUAGGUAUGCUUGAUUUAAUUUUCACUCCGGAAUGAGAUAUUAUGAGUGAAAUUACUUCGCAAUUUUUUCAUUUUUAAUAAUUUGAAAUAAGAGACGAGAAGAAAAUUUUUUCCCAAGCAAAUACCUGUUGAGUAUUUUGCCUAUAUUUUCUUUUCAUUCAUCUGCAAAAUACAAAAAUGUAUCUUCUAUCCCUUUAUUGUUUGCUAACCUUGCAAUUGUACAUAGUUAUAUGUAUAGCUAGAUUACAUGAGAAGAGUGUAUGUAUACAUGUAUAUAUAUAUAUAUAUAUAUAUACAUGUAUAUAUAUACAUGUAUGUAUGUAUGUAUGUAUGUAUGUAUAUAUAUAUACACACACACACACACACACACAUGAGAAAAGUUAAUUUAAUGAUAUCGAUACAUUAUGUAUAAUGAUAGUACGGACAAGAACAAAAAAACAACUAUGUUUAUGCUGAGAGCAUUGAGAAAUGCAACAGAGAGAUAUAUAUUGUUUAAUUGUAACGCAUAUAUGUCUUAUCGAAGGUACUACGCUUUGUGAAUGCUGGACAGGAUUAUAAGACAAUGUUCAAAGAUACAAAACAAAAGAUGGAAUUACUAUUAUCAUUGUUGACAAUUAUAUAUUUGCUGCGAGGCUCGAAGAGAGCGAUUUGUAAAUUUAUAUAUUUUUUCCUUAUACCGGUGUCUUCUUUUUUGUUGGCAUAUAUUAUAUAAGUACAUUAAGUGUUUUUAUUAAUGAUGAAUAAAAAAUGUUAUUUCUAAUGAA